AACCCAACCGGGCUUGGCGCUGGCCCCGCUGGGCUCAGCUCCGGUGAGGCCCCGCAGGCGGAUUCGCUCAGCGCAGAACCUGAGAACGGCCCAGCUGCAGGGAAACAGCGUCUGGCGCCGCAUCCCCACCAGAACAUCCCCAAGAUCAGGUUAGAUCCAAGAUCAGAGUUCAGAGAAAGGCUACGAAGCUGGUAAAGGGUAUGGAAGAAACCAGAGUGAUGCCAUGUGCACAGUUCGGGGAGAUCCCCGUUUCCCAUUGAGCUGUGGGGUGAGCCCAGACCCCCGUUUAACCAAGUUCAGCCCAUGACCAUGAGGACCAGCUGCCAGGAGUCUGGAGCGGCUUUUUACCCCAAACUCAGGGCAGUGUCGUGUGCCGCAGGUGCGAGCAGCCGCGGUCCCUCCUGCCAGGGGACGGGGGUGCCGGCUGCUCUCCCUUCCCUGGUUGAAGCCAUUGGUGAGCAGUAAUAACCCCAGCCCUGCUGAACCUGCACGUUUUGGGCUGCGUUGAGGUGUCAGGGACCACUAGAGGGUGAUGUCCGUACGCGCUCAGCCAGACGCUCUCCACUUCUCUGCUGCUUUCCGACCAUCCCACUGCGGACAGGGAUGGAUCCCCAGGGAAAUCUCCCCCGCGGAUGAUUCCAGCGGGGACACCCCGCAGCCGUCCCACAGACGCAGCUCCUGCAGCAACACUUGGCUCCAUGGCUCUUUUUAAUGCUACUUUUGUUCGUGAAAGCACCAAAGUGCUCCCUCUUCUCAGUGCACAUUAACACAUCAACUCCUUUUGUAAACCAAGGUCUGUUAAUAAAUCCAGGAAUGAGCAAAGCUGACAUUUCCCAGGGCACAAAUCCGGAAUAAUUCCGGUUGGAAGGGACCUCAGGAGGUCUCUGAUCCACCUCCUUGACCGCAGCUGGGGCAGCUGUGGGGUCAGACAGGGUUGCUCUGGGAUUUACCCGUUACAGGACCCGCAGGGCUGCGGAGGACUCGGGGUUAGCCGGGGUGACAAAGUGCUCUGUGCUGGGGAACGCGGGGACCCCCAGCCUGCACCCCGCCAGAACGCCUGGCUUGGGAAGCCAUUUGGGGUGAGGCUCUAAAACCACCAAAUCCUCUGUGGAUAUGGGAGUUCUCAGUGUUCUAAAGUGCCUUUUGGUGAAGCAUUUAAAGCUGUAACCAAAAGUCUCCCUGCAAACUUCCUGUAUUUCGGUCUCCCCUUCCUCACGCAUAUUUGCCCGUUGGCUGAGCUCCGUCUUCCCUCACAGCCCCGCGUCCAGGGCUGGCGGCCGCGGUGCAGACCCCAGCCUGGGCACCGCAGGGGCCCCUCGGCCGGGGCGGAGCGGCAGGAGCCCCCAGGGCGCCCCAGGGGUGGGCACUGACAGCUCUCCUUUAUGCUUUCGUUGUUUGGCACGGGAGGCACAGCGUGAGCUCUGCGUCUCAGCACGGUGCGAACGCCAGCGCUCAGCAGAUGGAGCAGAAGAGGGCCGUGUCUAGAGCGUGGUACACACGCUGCAGGACGAAGGGAGGUGGAAAGGGAACUCAAUCCUUCUUGGCCUCAGCAUCCCCCCUGCCUGGGGGGAGGGAUUUCAUUGCAGUAUUGUGCUUCCCUUCUUGUUUCAAGGCCCGGUGUGUGUACAAGCCGCCUCAUCUCGCUCUGCGCCCCCUCACGGCAGCGAUGGCCGGGCUCUUCCCCCCCGUGUGCAGCGGAGAUUAGUUUCACAAUGUGCUGGAAAGAUUUUAAGUCCUUUGGAGGAUGGAUCUGGAGAAAGGCAAAAGAUGUUACUAAACCGCUCUUGUUUUUAUAUAACCAAUCUCCCUCCGUGUCUGGGCCGUAGGAGGCAGUAGCACCUUGCUGGCGUGUUUGGGAUGGUGCUUAGAACACCCCUGUUCAGAAGGAAAUCAAUGCUCAGAGGGGCUUUUUUAUUUUCAUAGAGGACAAAGUCAGUGUCAGCAGUGAGGGCUCCAUCCCGGCCACCCCACAGAUCCAUUCGAACCCAGAGAAGCUGAAAGAGGCAAAAGUAAAUGGUAGCGAAUCACAGAAAACCUGGUGAGGAGGAGCCUCUGGAGGCCUCCAAACCAGCCUCCAGAUCGGCUUGGUCGAGGGCUUGUCCAGCCAAGCCUUGGGCAUCUCCCUGGGGACUUGGACGUCUGGACACGGCCCGAAGCACCUUGCCCAGUGUCCCACAGCUGUUGGGGGGACAGCAGGAACAGAGCCUGGGUCUUUAGCCACCCCGCACCACGGAACCUUCGUGCUGGGUCGCAGUGCUGCAUCACAGUGGUGUGACCUCGUGUCCACCAGCCAAACCAGGCUCCGGAUUAGCAAAUGGAGAGGAAGUUGCUCCUUCUCCUGGCUGUGCUCCCAAAACCAGCGAGACGCCAAAGCCGAUGCCAAGGAAGAGGGUGACAACCCCCCCACCAAAGGAGGCAACCAGCAGGGACACUCCACCCACCCCUCAGCAGAGAACGGAGUGCGGAGCGGCACAGAAUAUGCCGAGGGAACCAGAGGAAGCAUCCGACGAUGCUUUCGACUUGUUCUCUGAAGACAUGGAUGACAAUAUCAGCCUUUGCAGCACGGAGACGAUCGCUGUGUGGCCGGAGAUUAGAUCAAGCAGCCCAGAGAUGUAUGACGAGCUGGGGUGGCCAGACACCGACGAUUUUGGCAGCAGGACGGAUGGCGGCUGCUGCUGCGACUCCUGCUGCGGAGGCACGAGGAAUUCAGGGCUUACCUCGUCCUUCCCUGGCAGCCCUCGUGCCCAGACACCCGUGUUCCCGAUGAGUUCUAAAAAACAGGCGACAACAGCGGCAAAGCCAAAGAAAGGCUUGCAGAAUGUGGUGAGGCAGAGGGAGGAGCGCACCGCUUCGUUUGAGAGCCACUGCUGCUGCGAGACAGCCCGGGUGCAGGAGGCACCUGCUCCCAAGCGCCCCGUUCACUGCACAAAGCAGGGGAGCUCCGCUGCUGUCAGCACCGUGGGCUCAACCGCAUCGCGCCACCUGACAGCAGAGAGCCUGGGCAGCGCGCGAGAGCAAGCACUGCAGGCGGCUCUGCGGCGCAGACACAGCCUGGCCCAGGGCCAGCGCCUCAGCCUGCUGCGGCUCUGGCAGCAGAUCGGCGCCCGCCAGCCCGGCAACGAGAGCUUCCACCACACCUUCUGCACCUACUCCUGGUCGUGGAACGCCGGCCGGGAGCUGGUGACAGUCGCUGACCUGCGCGGGCUGGACCGGGAGCUGCGCCAGGGCGGCAGCCUGGGAGGAGGGCGCAGGGACGGACAGCAGGCCAAGGCCGCGCCUGGAGGCCAGCGACCGCCGGACAGUGCCGGCCCGAGGCGGGCCCGCCCUCCCGCUGCUGAAUGAAACGCGAAAUAAAAGCGAGGAAAAGCGUUUUUAUGGCCGUGCUGCCCGCCCGCCGCCAUCCCCAUCCCCUGAAGGAGCGGCUUCCCGCCACCGCCCCCACGUGACCGCCCAGCCCUGCCCUCUCUCGGGUCGC